CUCUCUCUCUCUCUCUUUCUCUCUCUCUCUCUCUCUCUCUCUCGGCAGGCUGAUUAAUGUGCUCCGGGUCACCGCAAUAAAAAAAAGUGGUGUGCCAGCGGCGCGGCAGCGAGGCGUUUCACCGCGAUGAUCGAGGAGUCGAGCUUCUCUGCUGCUCUCAGCUCCGGAGAGCUCCGCGGAAGGCUCACUCUUUCUAUUUAAAGCAAUUGCUGCCUCUCACUUUGCUCCCGUGGAGGCUCUUCCAACCGGACUGCCUUGCAGAAAUACCCACAUACUGAAGGGCAACAUCUGUUCGUGAUGUCGAUGCUGAGACACAAACUAACCUGGCACUAAGACGAGGAAACGACAUCACACAAAAUAUGGUGGAUGCAAGGUUGACGCCCCUGGCUGCGAUGGGGCUUGACCGAAGCACUCUGAUACACGACAGCCUCCGUCUCCAUGGUGGAGUCGUAUACCCAGGGAUCAGAACCCUCUCAGCGGAGAAGAGCAGAGAGACACCCACUCUCCCACUCGCCUACAGUAGGGAUGGUCUCCCAGAGCUAAUUUACAAACCCGACAGCCCCCUGGACAGUCGUAAGCCUGCAAAUGGUUACCAGAGCCUCUACAAGGGCAGCCACCCAAGCCUUCACAAGCCUGUGUUGGUUACUGGAGCUGAGGGCCUUGGCUUGGAACGGCGAGUAGGGCCCGGAGAAAAAGUGUCAGAGCUGGGGCUGGCUGGGGCGGGUGGCAGCUACCUCCGCAUGCCUUUGCUAAGCCCAUACCCGGAAGCAGGCAUGUAUCCCUUUAUGGACACAUCCAAGUAUGCUGCUUUGAACAUAUACAAAGCCUCCCUGCUCACCCAACCCAGCCCCUACCUACCCCAGCACCUGGCCUACCCACCCCUGUGUGCAGCCCGGGGCGCCAAUGUUACAUCUGCUGCAGCUGUUUCUGCUGCUGAGAGGCUCUACUACAUGCCUCCUUACCCUCCAUCUCCCAUUUCUUCUCCUCUGGUGGCCCCUCCCAUGAGGAUUCCUGCGGUCACAGUGACCCCCACUUCGCUGGUACACUGCCAAGACAAAGGGCUCGGUGUUACAUCUCCGUUUUCACAGCAGCUUCAUCAACCCUCUCCUCAUCCUCAGCACCAUCAGGCAGCCAUGGAUAGAGACCGUUCUCCGAGCAGGAGCAGCAGACCAAGCAGACCUCCGUCCAGGAAGGGCACAACCAACAAUAGCACCAGUAGUACCAGCACCAGUGGCACCACUGUCGGGAAUAAUAGUCUGCCUGCUGAUUCUUCCCACAUGUCCUCCCGCCUCCCCCAGCCUCACCCUCUGCCUACUCUCCUUGACAAAGCACUGGAUUUGCAAAGGCCAGUUGCCAGAAUAGGACAACCAUCCGUCUCUUCUGCAGCUGCAAUAUCUGCAUCCUCUGCCUCUACGCAGUCCAUUGCUCACCCUUUUUCUAUUAGCAGCAUGGCAUCAGAGCAGGCCUCCUCUGCCAGACCCAGCCCCCACAAACCCAGGUCACGAGAUGGGACCUCUGAGAACAGAGGUGCAGGAGUGGAAAAAGUAUGCAGCAGGUCUCCUUCAUUAGUCAAUUUUGAGAGGCCAGCUAACCAAUCUCAACCAACCAAAGACUCUGCAGAGAAGCCUCUGGAUUUGUCCGGAAGAAUGAUUGAGUAUGCGCUGCCUGCCAAUGGUUUCUCAGUUAAGAUGGACUCUGUGUCAUCUGGCACCCGUUAUGGACUUCCCUCCGGUCGAGAGCUUCUAAAUGAAAAUGUAUCCCUCUCCCCUUCCUCCCAUCCUCAUUCUGUGGUCUGCAGCACUUCUUCAAAGGUCUCAGAGAGACCAGAAAUGAUCAGCACUUUACACUCAUCAUGGGUUGUACCAAGCCCAUCUCCCUCACAUGCACAGCACACGUCGGGUUUGCCACCCUCUCCGAGGUCAAAUGCAGACCUGGGCCUUUCACAAGCCAAAGGCGCCUCGCCCUCUGUCAUCAAGAACAAGGGCCUAGAGAGGGUUCUCCCUCAGCAGCGAAGCUCGUCCUGUCCAAGGAUUGGAGAGCCCAACCUCAGUGUUCCCUCCUCUCAACACUCUGGCUGCUCUUUGAUCAGCAGCUCCAGGGCUCUUUCCCCGAAACCUAACGGUGAAUGGGUGAAACACAGCCCCAGCCAGUCAGUGCAUCACAGAGAGGGAACAGAGAAGUCUGCCCAGACGAAUAAGAGAAGUGAACCAACUCCAGACCUGUCAUCAUACAAGAGGCCAUGUUUGGAGAAUGGUCACCCUCCUCCCCACCUUUUUCUUUCUCAAAGUGAAGCUUAUUUGAACCACAGCUUGGCUUAUGCUAACAGAUAUCUGCAGUACCCCAUCCCUGAUGGCUUGGCGCUACACUCCGUCCCAAUUUCAGGGAAAGGCCCAGUGUACCCUAACCCCGUUCUGCUUGGCAACAACGGCCUUUACCCAACCCACUUGGCUGGAAAACACCCUUUAACCUACCCAAAUCUCCCAGCUGGUCCAGGCACAGAAUACCUCACUUAUAACUCACAGGAGAUGGCCCAUCCGCUGAUGCAGACACUCUCUGACAGCAAGCUGACAGACAGGGCAGAUGCAACACUAAAACCCCGGGGACAGGACAGACCACGGGGAGCUGUCGAAGAAGGCGGGAUCCACAGAGAUCACAGUGCUGGGAAAGAGACAGGCGAAGGCAACCAAAUGAAGCAUGAUAGGGAGGUAGGCGUGCAAGGACAGGGUGGCAGUCAAAGCAAAAACCUCCCCUCAUCUGCGGCAUCCAGAGAAAAGAUUGUCUGCAUUGACCUUGUACACUCAGACACAGAUAUCGAGCCUACUCCAACAGUCUACAAACAGCCUUCUGCUGAGACUAGCAACAAGGGGAACCAAAAUGAAUGUCAUAGCAGUCAAAACCUGACAAACACUGACAGUGAGACUAAACACCAAGCACAUCUAAGCCACUCUGGACAGACCCCCAACCUGAAGGUGAACAACACUGAUGGGCAGCAAGAAGCUUUAUUUGGGAAAGGAAAGAUUCCCCAGGAAACACCCUGUCUUGUCGAGGUAUCAAGGACGUCCCAGACCAGACCAGAGCUCUCUGAUGCAGAAGAAAGCACAGAGGAAAGUAGCCCCAGCCCAGACCCUGGGGAUCAAGAUCAGAGCACUUUACGCUGUGCCCGCACCUCAGGGGAGCGUAGCUCUGGUAAGGACAAAAGAGAUGGGGGCAGCUGCGCUCCUCUUGCACAGCACAAUACAAAUGCAGUAAAGGAGUGUGAGAGGGAGGCUGAAAAAGAGGACAAUAUUGUUGAUCUUGGGGAGUCCCAAGCAGAGGGAGAUGAUGAAGAGGAGGAGGACGAAGGUACCCAGGCUUCAUCUAAAAACUCUCGUAGGUCCAGCUUGGCCAAACGGAUCGCAAACUCCUCUGGCUACGUUGGCGACCGCUUUAAAUGCGUCACCACAGAGCUGUAUGCUGACUCUAGCAAACUGAGCCGCGAGCAGAGAGCAUUGCAGAUGGAAGUCUUAUCACGAGAGGAGAGUAAUAUAAGCCAACCUGCAGCUAACUGGGAGCGGGCAAUGAUGCGGUUCUCCGAGCUGGAGCUGAAGGAGAAGGAGGGCGGCGGCGGCGGUUUGUGCGUUUCUGCCUCGGUAGCGGCAGCAGGACGGGAGCUGGCAGACGGCCAGCGCAGAGAGAGAGCGCUGGAGCACUGCCAGCACACCACCAGGCAGGCAGAGAGGGAGGGUGUCCGUCCGCUGUACGCCAACAACAGAGUUCCGGUUCUCCAGAGGUGCGUGGCGCCGAGGGACCUCGUGUCCCAGGGUCACCUUGCUCAAGAUGGAGCCAGGAAAGCGGCGACGAGAGAGUCAGAGGAGGGACUGUGCAUGCCUCCCACUCUGACGCCAUCAAAGGAGUUCCUGGAGGAAAAGGUCGGCCUGAGCUUCGGAGCUGCCAGAAAACGCCCGCUCAUCAAGGAAGAGCAGGACGACUCGGAGGAAGGGGAGCGGGAGAAGAGAGCCAAGCUUUCUACGGAUGAGUGCGAGCAGGCCAGUCCCGAUGAGGAUGACGACGAUGACGAGGUGCGAAAGCUCAAAGUCCGCAUCGAGCUCAAGGGACUGCGACUCAGCAAGCCCACGGCGGGCGCAGCGUCACCCGACGGCUCCCAGUUCAAGCAGGAGAGGCCCUGGCCCCUGCCUCGCAUGGGAAACCCAGCACAGACUCAGCGGGAGCGCAAGAUCCGGGCGGCAGAGCCCGAGGACCGGGCCGCGGCGCAGAGGAACGACAUCAACAGGAAGUGGGGCUGCGAGAAGCUACCUAAUGGAGUAGCUGCUCCCGCCCUUCCCCCCAGCCAGCCGAAGGACAGGCCACACCAGCCGAGCCUCUUCUCAGGUGACCGCGGCCUUAAGGAGCUGAAGAGGGGGCCCCCGUCGCCGGCCCCGGAGCUCUGCCUGGGAGGCGUCCCUCCCCUCAAACCCCGUCGCCAUAGUGACACGGACAAACCCAAGGGCAAGCGGCCGUGUAAGACCAAGCACACGGGCCAGCGAGACCGAGACAGAGAGAGGGAGCGGGAGAAGAGGAAAGAGGCCGCGCCCACCAGCCCCGGCCAGCGCUCGGCGCCUGAUCUGGGAUCAGCCGAGGAUGACAAGCUGGCCGAGCAGCGCAGCGUUCCGAGGAAGAGAGCCGCCUCUCCUAAUCACUAUCCCUGCUCUCCGCUGAAGCCCUGCUCCCCCGCUGCACUCUGCCCGCCCGCCCUGCUGCCCCAGGCGAACGUCAGAGCUCCGCCGGAGGUGCCGCCGGGGCUGCACAGGACCCCCCCUCUUGAGCCCUCCGCCGUGCGCCCCAUCCCGCCGGAGGCUCGGCGGCUGAUCGUGAACAAGAACGCCGGCGAGACUCUGCUUCAGAGAGCGGCGCGGCUCGGAUACGAGGAGGUGGUGCUGUACUGCCUGGAGAACCGAGUCUGCGAGGUCAACCACAGAGACUACGCGGGCUACUGCGCACUCCACGAGGCGUGCGCCCGGGGCUGGCUCAGCAUCGUUCAACAUCUGCUGGAUUAUGGCGCCGACAUCAACUGCAGCGCACAGGACGGGACCAGACCCAUCCACGACGCUGUGGAGAACGACCACCUGGACGUAGUGCGGGUCCUGCUGUCGUACGGAGCCGACCCCACUCUGGCCACGUAUUCUGGCCGCAGCCUGCUGAAAAUGACCCACAGCGACGGCAUGGAACGUUUCCUCACCGAUUAUUUUGCUGACCUUCAGGGCUGCUCAGAUGACGACCCAGGGCUUUAUUGGGAGUUCUAUGGCAGUGCUGUGUGUGAAUCUGCCGAAGAAGGCGGUGUUUACAACAUCCUGGCAGACGCCCCCGGCCCAGACAACGAGGAUGAGGACGAGAAAAGGGAGGUGUUUGAGUUUGAGUUCUCUGACCGACCUCUGUUGCCGUGCUACAACAUCCAGGUGUCCCUCUCCCAGGGACCAAGAAACUGGCUGCUGCUGUCCGACGUGCUCCGGCGCCUGCGCAUGUCCGCCCGCGCCUUCCGACAAGCCUUCCCCCACAUGGAGGUCGUGACGGUGGCCGAGGCCGAGUUCUACCGGCAGGCGUCCCUGUCGCAGCUCUUCUCCUGCCCGGAGGAGCUGGAGGGCUUCCACCCGGACAGCAAGGACCUGCUGGACCUGGUGGAAGACAGCGCGGAGCUGGCCGCUCUGCUGGGCUCAACACUGGAGUGUCUGGACGACCGCUGGGACCACCAGGCGGACAAACUCAAGGAUAAAAUGAAGGCGGCGGGCAGGCUGGCCUCAUCCUGACCUUGUUCCUCACCGAGUGGCGUUUGCUUUAGAACCAAUCAGAGGUUACAGAUAUGCCUUAGCGUGACCCUUAGUUCUCUCGGCUUUGGCCCGGUCCCGGACCAGCACUGGUGCACUGUACAGACAGACUGACCCACCGGCUGACUGGGCUGCGGAAACAUUUCUCUCCGUUAACUAAGGAUCGACACAUUUCUGACUCAAGAGACUUAAUAAUGGUCUUAUUUUUAUAAAUUAAUAUAU